AUGUCGUAUGCUCCACCGGGUAGCGCCGAGGAGUAUGCUCGUCUCCAACUUCGUGUGUCCGUCGGGAUGAUCCUCGACAACGUUGGAUUUUCUUCUGUAACUGAAAACGAAGUCAACAGUUUGGUGGACGUUCUGAGAACCACAAUCGUUGGCCUCGCUCAAAAAACUCGACUUUUUGUGGAAGCAGGUAUAACUUGUUUUCCAGUAUUGUUUAAUUGAAAAAGCAUUUUUUUUAAUCUCAUUUAAUUUGUUUCUUGAAUAUUGAUAUUUAUACAAUGGCAAACAAAAAAUAUAUGAAAAGGGAACAAUUCGGAAUUCAAACUUUAAAAGUGUGUUCCGGCACAUUUUUACUGUUUCAGCGCCUUCUCAUGUCCCAUUGCACUCUUGUUAUAGCUGAUUCACAACUAGCUUGGGGCGCUAAGAGGGCGUCUACCGUCUGCGCUCUCUAGCCAGGCGCUAUCCCGUGCAUUAUCGUGUCAGGAUCAUUUUUUCGAUGACUCAAGCCAGCUGUGAAUCAGCUCUACAACUUCACUGUUUUCGAAAAAUAAUUAAAGCAAGCCGAUUCAUAGAAAAAAGUUAGAACCCAUUGUUUUCGAGUAAAUUUUUUUCCACCAAAAUAAUGGAAAAAUCGCAUUUUGUUGUUUCAAACAUUUUUUUUCAUAAAACAAUACAAAAAACGAUUCAAUACGUUUAUCAGCCGGUCGAACCCUCGCAACAACUGAUGAUGUGUCAGCCGCCUUCCGUUCUUCGAAAAUCAAGGCCGAUGAGCUUCAAGAUUAUGUGACCCAAGUCGGUCAGCUUCCUGCUCCGAGAGUGGUAACCAAUGAUUUCAUAAUUUUGAGAAAAUCUUUUUUAUAGCUACCGCCUCUGCCUUGUCCGCGGAGUGCCAACAGCGGAGCGCAUUAUUUCACUGCAAUGUAUGGACCGCAGUCUUCCAGCGAAGACGCUGAGGUGAAAAUCGAUAAUCAAUCGGAAAAUAAUAUUUUCGUUUUUUUGAACCUUCAGGAAAUGAUUGCAGUUUGAUAAUAAACGCGCCUCAUACUCAUAAAAAAAAUGUGGAAACUAGAAAAAAAAAAUAAUAAUAAUAAAUCCCAUUUUUAGUUAGCAUUCAAUUGAAUCUCCAGACACGCUUACUCAAAUAGAAACUUCCUGCUUAUUUAUUUUCAAAAAGUUUGGCUUCAUUUUUUAUUUUUGUUUGUAGCUUGGCAUAUAAUAUGAUCAUUUCAAAAAAACUUUUUUACUGAAAAAAAUUUGACUUUUCAGAAGCGUCCAGAGCAUUUUUUCUCCUAUUUACCCGCCACAAAGAAUGAACAGUCUGAGAGUACGUUUUCCUUUAUUGUAAAUGAAUGAUAUUCAUAUUUUCAGCCACUUCGAGUGCCGAUUACCUGGCCGUCACCAAGCCCGCAGUCAAAAAGUAAUCAAAAGAUAAAAUCUAAAAGAAAGUAUCAAAAAUUUUAGGCAAUUGUCCAUCACGAUGCCUAUUUUCGAUGGUAUGACCGCAGCCGAGCUCGGAUUCGUGGAUGAAGAAGAAGAAGAACGGAGGGUCAAAACUGAGAAUCAGCCAUCUAGGAUCUCUGCCGUCACAGGUUACCUCAUAUCCAAGUUAAAAAAUUGGAACUUUCUCUUGUUUAGGCAUCACCAGUAGUGCGAACCUUGCCGCUGCGAGAUACGAAGCCAAAAUUGCUGGAAUUGUGAGUUUUAAUUCAAUUAAGUUGCAGCCAAGCUGUUAUUUGAACUUUUCGAUAUACAGUACCAUCAGAAAAUGUACAAAUAACGGGUUUUCUUGUGAGGAAUUCAAUUUUUCUGAAUUUUUCUGGAGUUGUGAUAACUUAUUUUCAAUACACUGAUUAAGGUGUAGCUCACAGAAAAAAUCCAGCAUCAGAAACUUCCAGGAAGAUUGAGUGCCUUACAAGAAAGUUGUGACAAACUUCUUUUCUGACGAUACCGUGACUCAAAAGACAUUUUAAACCAUCAACUUUUUUUCAGCACGACAAUAAUAGUGAGCAGGAAGACAUGGCCCAGUUUGCCGAUGCUGACAUUGUAAGGCUUUUUUUAUUUAUUUUCUAUUUUACCAACCUCAUUCUGUCAUUUUUCAGCCACCAGCACCUGAACUCAAGAAGAACGAACCAAUGACGAUCAAAAAGUCAAGAGCGGUGAGAAUACAAUCCUUAUUGAUAUUGAAGCCUCUUUUCAGUUGGAUGCCAUGCCGGUACUUGAUAGCUAUCAAAGACCUGGGUAAGCUUUUUUCCACCUCAACUUCAUAAAAUAUGAUUUUACAGAGCCGGCAUUCCUCUGGAAGAACCUCCGAUUCCGACGUACCAUUUGAAAACCGCGUUGCUAUUUAAAAAACAUCUGAUUACAGGAAUCUGAAGGCUCCAAAGACUUUGAAGGUAAAAGCACCGAAGCCACCAAAGGCGCCCAAAGUACCCAAGCCAAAGCCGGAGCCAAAGAUUCCAAGGCCGAAGGGAAGACCUCCGAAGAAUCCUGAAAAGCAUCAGCAGGUUUGACACUUUCAUCUGAAAAAAUCCCUUCUCUAUUCCGCUUUCCUGUCAUUUUGACGCUUUUUUUGAAACGCAUUUGAAUCGCAGGAAAACGAAGGCGUAUUCAAUCGUGUUGCCAUGACAAUGCAGUCCGAACCAUGGAUUAUCCAACAUUCAACACACAAAGUACCUAACGUAACGAUGUUGUUUUUUGUUUCAGCGCAAGGCCAAGCUCGAAGAAAAGUUCUUGCGUGAGCAGAAAGAACAGCUUGCAAAGUACGAGGAAGAAAAAGCUCGCCGUGAGCGGGAACGUGAGCGUGAGCUCGAGCGGGAGCAAAAGGCCAAGGACAAGUUCAUUGACAAUAUCAUCAAUUCGGAAGCCCCUGCAACCUACGUCCGCACUAAGGGUGAAUUAGAACUUAUUAGAGUGCCUCAUGGCUUUUUUUGCAAUCAUUUCGCACUGGUCUAGUUGAGGUAUUGGGAGAUGAGAUCUAAUUUCGAAGAAAUACUGCAGUUUCAUUUAAAGAAUACAUGAAAACUUGGUUCGAAUUAUUUAGAGUUGUCACGAAAUUAAGGACCAGUGUAAUAACGAUUCAAAGUUACAUCAGUUGAGAAAAAAAACGCUUUUUUAUAAUUUUGUUUCUCACGAAAUAGCGCUUUGCAGAAAAUGUCAGCAGUAAAAUUAUUCUAAAUAAUUUGAACUUCAAAAAAAAAUGUAUAUCAAAGAAAUUCAAGGAAAAGUUUCCGUUCAACUAUUUUGAAGGUCAUUUUUAGUAUGUGGAAAAAAAUUUUCACUUCACUCCGAACUAUUUUUUUAGUCUUGAUGUAGAACUUUGAAUGAAAAAUAAUGUUUUUUUCAAAGUGCUAAGUUCGAGGACAGAGUUGUCACGAGCAAAAAAACAAGAGGUCUUCAGUGACUGUUUGUUAAAGACAGUGAAUGAUACCGUUUCGCUGAAAAAUUUAUCAAAUCUGUCCCUUUAGUCCUGUUUGGAUUUAUUUUUCCUUCCCAAAAAAUCGUUAUAUAAUAAGUUGAUCUCUUUCAUUGGAAAAAAAUCGAAAGAUUGCGAUGGAGGUUAAGUGUAAACAAUGCUUUUAUCGCUUUCUCCACUUUUUGCACGCACUCUUGUACUUUUCAUAUCAGGAACUUUGCUCGCAACUGUCUGGUCAUAAUACAAAGUUUUUGUUUGGGAGUUGAAAAUUGGUCAUUUUUUCUCAAUUUUUCUCAUUUUUCAGCUUUUUAGGGAUCGUUUAUAAAAAGGUUCCUCCCGUUUUUUUUGUGCAAUAAAAAAUACUAAAUCCAAUAAGAACAUUUUUUCAUUUUAAAGUGAUUUAAACCACUAAUUUCAGUGCCGGUCGAUUCGCCUGCGCCCGCGCCACGUUCCUUGAAAAUCGUUAUUAAACCGCCACCUCCGAAAGAAGAAAUUAUUGCGCAGCCGAUAAUUCCAGGUUUGUUUGAAAUAAAAAACCUGCUUUAACCUCUGACUUUUUUAAAACGGUCUUGAUUUUCGAAAAAUUUUAUAUUACUAGCAAGUAAUUCACCUUUGAAAUCACUUUUUUCAAGGUCUCACUCUAGUCAAACUUUGUUCUUUCUUAAAAAUUAGUCUUUCUCUCGGCUAAAAUUAGAAUGAUUCCAAUGGCUUCCUUCUAUUAGUCUGGCUUCCAAGCUGUGAUAACUUCUGUUCCACAAAAAAACGCUGUGAAAACCAAAGAACAAAGAGGAAAUCAAGACCGAAGAUUGGUGUAGCAGUGCUUCUAUUGCUUUGCGUGUGUCCGAGUGGUUGAGCAACCGGGAUUUGUUUCGUGUUACCUGCUCCCAGGCCUCAGACUCUCUGUUUCUCUGCUGGUGCGUGCGGAAUAAGCGUUGCAUCUCUCGCGAAGACAAAUUGCCAUGAAAGCUCAAAGGCGAUUUCGCUUUUCGCAGCUCAGCUUUAACCAUAUUAACUUCAGCUCUUACACUUUUUCUAGCCUAUUAACGGAAAAAAUGAAAUGUGUGGGAAAGGGUGUGGGAAAAGGACCGCCUACUUUCCCAUUGGUCGAUUCUCAACUUUAAAAGGCUCUCAUAGCUAGAGAGUUUUUUUCUUCUUGCUUUCAGUUGCAAAAUGAAAUUUCUCUCAUCAGAACUAUAUUUCAUUUUUUUUGCGAUUAUGAUUAACCAAAAAUUCAAAAAACUUUUUUUCCAAGCUGACCUGUUCUAAAAAAACUAAAGAAGAAUAAAUCUUCCUUUAUAACAAUUCGUAGAAAAAAAAAGUUAAAAUACAACCCAAUCAAUGAUUUUUUCCGCUUUUUUCUACUCAUCAUUGUGAUCCUUUUCAUUUGUUUUGAAGUCCUGUCUUGUUGAUAAUAACUUUGACUGACCGCUAAUUUAAUAUCUAAUAGAGAAUAAUGAGAAUUCAGCAAACGAACUACCGUUUCUAUUGGAAGCUGGACCACCCGGUGAUUAUUUCUUUUUCAAAAAAAUAGCUGCUUCUUAUUGGAAAAAUCACGGAAUUAUAAAACUUCACAUUGUCUGAAAAAAAGAAACUCUUGAAGUUCCGUUGAAAAAAAUCUUAGUAGUUAGCUCACUUUUCAUAAAAAAGUUGAAUCAAUUUUUCGACAAUUAUCUUUGGAGCGAUAUAGCACUUUUCCGUUAUAAGUGUCGUAAUAUAACUGUUCAGUCGGCGCUGAGGAGCUCGUAGGCGAAGACGGCGGGAGUGACACGGAUACGGUCCCAUUCUACUUUUCGACUCUCACCGAGCCACUGGUUUCUAACGAAGUAACUCCAAUAAAUUUGCUCUUGAUAACAAAACUCAUUGAUAAAGGAGCCGGCGGCAAAAGGAACUAAACCAGACCUCAACGAGCCUUUUGACUCUACAGUAUCGGGGCUAUCUGUCGCUUCUACUGCUUCUACCUCCGUUUUCGAAUCGGUCUACGAAAAAUCGGAGAAAAAGAAACACAAGCACAAGGUUUGCAUUUUUUGAAGAUAGAUAGAGUACAUUGAAAUUUUGGGAAAAUGAGAUUUAUGAAUGCGCUAAGAGAAUGUGUAACUAUCGCGUGUUACACAUGAAACGUAAUUUGCAGCAAUUUUUGCAAGUUCGAGCAUAACCUAAAAAAACAAGACAGGAGUACUUUUACUGCAAUCUGACUAGGCACGCAAGUUAUUCUUUUUUUUGACAUGCCUCAAUUCACCACUAACUCACGCAUGUUCAAGGCGGCCGGUUGUAAUACGGUAGUUUCGACAGGUUUUUUGGUAAUAAACUGAAAAAUUAUGUACUUUUUGUAACGCAAAGUAUCUUGUAACGUCGAAAAAUAGGCCCUUAACUAAUUGAAAAAAAGUUCUUGGCUUUGAAACUGACGACGCAAUAUUGACCGGCCGCCGUAGCAUUGUCCUAAACAAACCUGAAUUAGGGAACGUUUUUAACCCCCUGAAUAAACUUUUGAUAAAACUUCGUUUAAGUGUGCUUUGGGACUUCCAGAUUCCGGAACCGGAAAAAAAUUUUCGCAAUAGAUCUGGUUCUCGAGUAGACAUAUUUCAGAAGCUUGAAGUAGCCUUUUUGUCAUAAUUUGCGUAUUUUACAAACCUUAAAGCUCCAUAACUCGAAAACGAGAUCUAUUGCAAGAAUUUUUUUUUUUGGGAUUAGUAGGUCCUAAAAUACACUUCAACGUAGUUUCAUUAAAAGCUCAACCUGGUAGUGAAAAAAAGUCUUUUAUUAAUUAAAAAAACGUUCCCUAAUAUUAUUGAAGUUUUCAAUAAAAAAACGAUAAAAAAAUUCCAAAAAAACUUUUCAACUCUGGACGUCUCCAAUUUUCAAGCAGGAAAAAAGGAAAACGUUUGCGUGAAAAUAAAUCAUUUCUUGGCGUGCUGAAAUAUAACAUUUCAGGACAAAGACCGCUCUCCUUCACACAAACAUCACAAGGAGCAUAAAAAACACAAAGAUAGGGACCGCGAGCACGACUCCGAGCGUGAACGAGAGCGUGAGCACAAGAAGAAAAAGAAGAAGCUCAAGCGCGAAAGAGAAGAGCGAGAGCGUGAAGAACGUGAACGUGAGGAGAAGGAACGAUCGAAGAAGAUGAAGCCGGAACGUAUGUUUUCCUUUUAAACUUUUUAAAUUAUAUGAUCAAGAAGAAUUCAUCAAUUCAUUCAGCUGUAGAAGAAGUUCGAGAAAAGAUAACGCUGAAAAUCCGUUUGGGAGAGAACCGCACCCCAACAGUCGCUCCUCCGGCUCAACCACCAGCUUCAGUGGAAAGACCUCCAUCUUCAGCCAAGAAGGAAGAGACUCCGGUCAAACUCCGCAUAGCAAAGUAAUAUCUACAAAGCCUUAUAAAUUUUUCAAAUCAUAUGAGUUUUAGAAACGAUGAGCUCAGUAGGCCUGCUACUCCUCUCGCUGGAUCUUCAAUUCCGAAGCUGUCCUUUUUCAAAAAAGAAAAGGAGAUAAGCCGCACGCCGACACCUACUCAAAAAAUUGUCAUCCCUAAAGACUCAACUCCGAAGGACAAGAUGAACAAAUCUUCCAAAAGGGUUUGUUAUCAUUGUUUCUCAGAACGUGCAAACUAACAAGACGUACAUUUUAGAAGCGGUCCAAGUCACCGCCGUCUGGUUCAUCCUCAGCUAAGAAAUCCAAAGACAAGAGCCUCGAUCGUGAACGAGAACGCGAGAAAGAACGUGAAAAGGAAAGAGAACGCGAGAAAGAGAAGGAGAAGGAAAAGGAAAAAGAAAAAGAGAAGGAACGACAAAAGGAGAAGCAGCGAGCUAAAGAGCGUGAAAAGGAAAAGGAGCGAGAAAGAGAGAAGGAGAAAGAACGUGAAAAGGAACGGCAAAAAGCGAAGGAACGUGAACGCGAGAAGGAAAAGGAAAAAGAAAAGGAGAGAGAGAAAGAAAAGGAGAAGGAAAAGGAAAAGGAAAAGGAGAAGGAAAGAGAGAAAGAAAAAGAGAAAGAAAAGAAGCUGAAGGACCGUCGAUCUUCAGUCGCUACCGAGAAGAAGAAGUCGAAGAGCGAUGAUUCUGAAAAACAGAGUUCCUCUAAACCUGGUCAGUUUCUUCAUCUUGAACUAAAUAAUUUCAGAUUACAGGUCAGCCUUCAGACAGAAAGGAGAAAGAGAAGAAACGUGAAAAAGAAAAGGAAAAGGAGAAAGAGAAAAAAAAGGAGAAAAGCAAGUCUCCUCCGAAUGGUUCAGAUGAAGAAGACGAAGAUGAGGAAGAGCCGGUAAUUUUUUGAUUAUUUAAGGUUUAAGAAACUUUAAUAAAGUCUCAGAUGAUACUGAUCACUAGAUUCUUAAAAAAGAAAAGCCAAACCUCACUUUGCAGCUCUGGAUCUGUCCGGCGUGCUCGAUUGCUUACUCCGAAGGCGCGACUAUGGUCUGCUGCGACAUGUGCGACGAAUGGUUCCACUGGUAGGGAAGCAUCUGCUCGUCCCAUUCCUUGUCUCUUUUUUCAGGCACUGCGUCGGACUUCUCGUCGAACCGGCCAAGAACGUCAAAUGGUUUUGCAACAGGUGCAACGCCAAGAAAAAGCACAAGGAUUUGAAACGUCCGUCCAGCCGUUCGGAUGGCCCUGGCCCCUCCAAGAAAAGAAGAGUCCGCUAA